AAGAAGAAGAAGAAGAAGAAGGGAACCGUUAUCGUGAUUUACUAACGGAGGAAAAAAAGAGAAAAGAAAGACACGGAUAAAGGACGGACCAGCUCCGAGACCACGCGUGAGAAGCGACCAGCUGCGGAGGCUAUAUCGUCUCGGUGUUGCGCUGUGGAUCAAACCGAGCGGAUCCCUGAUUUCAAUGCUUUAACGGUGCUUCUACCCGGCUGCCCAGAAAGAAACAGAGGGAUCGUAGAGGGAUCGAAGCCUGAGCAGAGAAAAGGGGGGCAAUAAACCAGCGAAGGAAAGAAAAAGGAUUUGCAAUUGAAGUUUCAUUCAUUCGUCUAAUUAUUGCGCUUUCUUCCGUGGAUCCCGGUACCGAUACUCUAUCAAGCUGUGUUCUCUGACCAUGGGAUGUACUCUGAGCGCAGAGGAGAGGGCGGCUCUGGAUCGGAGCAAAGCCAUCGAGAAAAACCUGAAGGAGGACGGCCUCACCGCGGCCAAAGAUGUUAAACUGCUGCUGCUCGGGGCCGGAGAGUCAGGGAAAAGCACCAUCGUCAAACAGAUGAAGAUCAUCCACGAGGACGGUUUCUCCGGCGAUGACGUAAAGCAGUACAAGCCCGUUGUCUACAGCAACACCAUCCAAUCUUUGGCCGCCAUCGUCCGCGCCAUGGACACGCUGGGCCUGGAGUACGGAGACAAAGAGCGCAAGGCGGAUGCUAAGAUGGUGUGCGAUGUGGUCAGUCGUAUGGAGGACACGGAGCCUUACUCUGCUGAGCUGCUCUCCGCCAUGAUGCGUCUGUGGUCUGACUCGGGCAUCCAGGAGUGCUUCAGUCGCGCACGAGAGUACCAGCUCAACGAUUCAGCGCAGUA